AUGAACAGACCGCCGCAAGGCCGUGGUCAGCCACGGGUGGGUGCGACUUGGUAUCCAGGGGGCCAGGAUGAUUUUUACAUGCCAGAGGUCAUCUCCCCCUCUCCCCAAAGGGUCAUGCCUGAAGUCCCCGAAAACAUGCAGGAUAACAUCGCACAACUGGAACAUCACGCUCGUGACCCCCGCCGCGCGCAGCAGCAGCAGCAACAACAACAACAACAACAACAACAACAACAAUACCAGCAACCGCCGCCCGGCCAGUACCGCAGCCAGUUCCCGGAGCGCACUUCCUCUGCUGUUCAGGGCCAGCUGCAACAACAAUCACAGGUCCAUGAUCAUGGCGCCUACGCGCAAUCCGCAACCUAUGAUAGCAUGGAUCAUCCCAACUUCUCACCCUUCCCCGUAUUGCGGAACCCACCCCCCAACGUGCCGCCCACGGACGAACAGCGGGAGGCGAAUCUAGAGCGAGCCCGGAUGGCUGUCUUGUCGACUACGGACCCGGAGAUGCAAUUGGCAUGGGCCCAGGACGCGCUGGCCUACGUGGAGGUGGCCGCGCAAAAUGAGGCUCGCUUGGCAGUAACACAGCCCCCGCGGCCACACACUCCCCAGGGGGAGCGCCAAUUAAAGACUGAUGCCUUGAACAUCGUUACUUUCCUAGCGGAACAGCACCACCCCAAGGCUGAGUUUAUCAAGGGUAUGUGGCUCGAAUUUGGCAAGUUCGGUUAUCGAGUGGACCGCAAAGGAGCGUUUCGAUGCUAUUCUAGAGCGGCGGAGAAGGGGUAUGCGCGCGCCGAAUACCGGAUCGGAAUGCAAUUUGAAAGCUCGGGGGAGCCCGAGAAGGCGACCAAGCACUAUGAGCGGGGUGUUGCCAUGGCGGAUUCUGCCUCAUACUACCGCCUGGGAAUGAUGAUUCUCCUCGGCCAGCACGGUCAACGCCAGGACUUCCAAAGGGGCCUGGAGUAUAUCCGGUUGGCCGCGCAAUCAUGCGACCAAAAUGCCCCACAGGGAGCCUAUGUAUAUGGGAUGCUUCUAGCUCGGGAACUUCCUCAAGUGAGCGUGCCUGAAGCCUUCCUUCCUAUGGACCUCAACACCUCGCGCGUGAACAUUGAGAAGGCCGCGUAUCAUGGAUUUGCCAAAGCUCAGGUAAAGAUGGGUGCCUCAUAUGAGCUAUGCCAGCUAGAGUGUGACUUCAACCCAGCCCUGUCCCUGCACUACAAUGCUCUAGCAGCGCGCCAGGGUGAACCUGAAGCGGAGAUGGCGAUCAGUAAAUGGUUCCUCUGUGGACAUGAAGGUGUAUUCGAGAAGAACGACGAACUGGCAUUUACAUAUGCGCAACGGGCGGCUCAGAGUGGUCUUCCCACCGCUGAAUUCGCCUUGGGUUACUUUUAUGAAGUCGGAAUUUUCGUUCCCGUUGACAUCAAAGAAGCUCGAAGCUGGUACGCCAAGGCCGCCGCCAGCGGCAACAAGGAUGCAACUGGCCGCAUCGACAGUAUUUCUCGUUCCAAGACUCUCUCCCGGAGGGAUCACGAGAAGGUAGCUAUCUCUCGGAUCAAGUCAACCCGUCAUGCGCACCAGCGUGUCAACUCUUUGGACCCAACCCCGGAGAACAUUGAGAUGCCUGAUCCUUCGCGUAUGACUCUCUCCGACCCCCCCUCAGCCGCAGCUCCUUACCCUGAUCGCUCUACCCCCCGCCCUCGGCCGGGCCAGCCAAGCUAUCAAAUGCCCGAUCCUCGGCCAAGCUCUGCGUUUGGGGUCAAUCCGAACCUGCGUACAAAUGGGGCUCCAGGUUACGGUGGUUCUCCAGGCCCUCGAAACCCGGCCUAUGGCCCCGGCCCUGCUUCUGGCUCCAUGGGCUAUCGCCAGCCUGGUCCUGGUACACCAGUUAGCGCACCAGCGGGCCCUGUAAGCCCCCAAGCUGCGAACAUGAUAAGUCCUGGUGGAACGCCCCGAAUUGAUGUCGGUUACUCCGCUCCAAUUCCGCCACCGGGCGAUCGACGACGCCCUCCACCUACACGGCUCGAUGGAAUGCCUCCUCCUGAUAGGAAACCAGUGCGAACCCCGGUGAGUGGUCACCCCGGGUCAUUGCCAUCGCCUCGCGGUCCAGCAUCUCCUCGCACAAUUGGCUCUCCCUCCUCUGGCACAUUCCCUCCUCGCAUGGAGUCCCGACAGCCAUCUCGGGGCUCGGCAUCCUCUACUCCCCAGCCACCGUCCAGCUCCUCUUCGGCACAGAUGCCCGCUGCACAGCCGCCGAAACCUAGCGCCCCGCCGCCCAGCAAGGGCCCCAAGACUUUUGAAGAAAUGGGAGUUCCAAGUGCCAAAACUGACAGUGAUUGUGCAAUCGAGAUUUCUGCGAACCUGCACAACAAAGUUUCCAAAAGUGAGGGAGGUUCAUCUCCACAUCUUCGGUGGACUGGAAUACAAACGCAAGCUGCCAAGUUACUACGAGAAUUGCAGCAAAAUGGCGACAUUGAAGGACGAUCAGCCGACCGGGAAUGUCCAGGAAAACAGGUUGUUUACCAUGCAUUACAGGAUGCAUCACAGAGCAUGACCCCCGAAGACAUCGCUACGCGGAAGCGGGAUAUAGAGAAGCUUCAGGAUGAGCUAGCCACUAUUAAAGCCAAGGAGAAAAAGAUCCGAGCCGCAUUGUCAACCUUCGAGGGCAAGCCGCGACUUUCCGAUAUUCGACAAGACAUCCAAAGGCUUGAGGAAGAACGAAGUGCGAUUCAGGCGCGUCUGACAAGCCAUCACGGCGAUGAUGCUGUGACACUUCCCCCGGAUGAGCGAGAGAAACUUGAACAAGAGUGGAAACAAUGGCAACGUUAUGCCAUCGGCCGUCGUCGCAUCUGUCGGGAACUAUGGGGGAAGUGCACCGAGGUUUUACCUGAGAAGAUGACAUCGCAAGAGCUUUGGGUGCGCUACUAA